AUGGAGAACCCAAACUUUACGCACGGAUCCCUCUCUGUUAAUGAGACGCCGCAACACUCGCAAGCGACUAGCAUCGAGACAAAAAUCGCUUUGCCGAUUUUUAUGUUUGCUGGAGGUGCCAUUGGGAAUUUAAUCGCGAUAAUCGUUCUUUCGGUAUCAAGACAGGAGAGGAAAUCUUCAGCUUUCUACACGCUGGUUUGCGGUCUGGCGGUGACGGACCUGCUGGGCACCUGCUUGGCCAGUCCGCUCACAAUAGCCAACUACUACGACCAGCACGUGCUGAGGGACCAUCACGUCUGUGAGUUUUACUCCUUUUUGUUGCUGUUUUUCGGGUUGACGGGACUGAGCAUCAUAUGCGCGAUGGCAGCGGAACGGUACCUGGCUAUCUGCUGCCCGUACACCUACCAGCGGUGGGGGGUGGACCGACGCUUUGCGCAGAGGUUCCUGUUCUUCACUUACAUCAGUCACAUUGUCUUCUGCUGCCUCCCGAUGAUGGGCAUGGCGAGGAGCGAGCUGCAGCCGUCCAGCACCUGGUGCUUCAUCGACUGGAGGUCGGACGAGCCCGUGGCCGUCGCGUACUCCGUUCUGUACGGCGUCGUCAGCCUGCUGCUCAUCCUGGGCACAAUCGUGCUGAACCUGGCGGUGUGCGGAGCGCUGCUUCUGAUGCGGCAGAGGACCGUUCAGCGGCCCGUCACCAGAGCCAGCGUCCGGGACAGGUGGAGGGCCCUGUCCUCGGCCGCAGAGACGCAGAUGAUCGCCGUGCUGGUGAUGACCUCCGUGGUGGUUCUGGCCUGUUCAGCCCCGCUAGUGGUCCGAGUGUUUGUCAACCACUUCAUGCUGACAUAUGACCCCAAAGCUGACCUGGCAGCCAUCCGGAUAGCCUCUGUUAACCCCAUCCUUGACCCCUGGAUCUACAUCCUCCUCAGGAGGUCUCUCUUUCGUCGGUUACUCAGUUUAUCCAGGCGAGGCAGCUCUCGCAGGAGUUCGCCUCCCACGCCACAAAGGAACCUGUUUUAUCCUGAACUCACGACGGACAGCCACGUGUUCACCCAGCUGAUGUGCAACGCCAACGUCAUCACUCAGCUGCCUGCUGUCGUCAAAUUCACACCCUAUGACACAGAAAGCCUCCGUCAGACCUGAAACAGGCUGCAGAUAUGUUCGACGUGUGUGGAUGAUUGCUGCUUUUUUGUGCUGCAGACAGCUCGAUGCAGUUCCACAGACAUGUUGUCAGUGGACGGAGAGACUGUGGAGCUCACAUCUGGACCCGGAUCCUCAGAGUUCCUGCAGGACUAUGUAUUGACUGAAAACAGAGGGCUGCUCUGGUUGCAUCCAUGUAGACGUCUCCUGCAGCGACACAGGACAGAUGAGGAGAAACUGUUUGACUCCGAUUUUAUUACUAAACUGCAACAAUAAGACAUGGCCGAGCCUUUAUUUAUUUUGUGCCUUUCACUGUCACUCAGCCUCACCUCAUCCAACCUCACCACCAGCUCCUCCUUUCACCAGAUCAAUCAGGAUCUGGAUCAGUGUACAGCUCCUGCAGGUAGAUCUAUAGUUCCUCAUUUCACUUGGAGGCAGUGUUUAAUCGACCUGUAGCUCUUUGAAGAGCCACUGUUAAAAGUCAUGUUUUCAUUCAACAGAAAUAGCCUCGUAAGAGUCUGCUUUUAGUAGAAACUCAGUGAGAUCCAUCACAGGUGUUUUGCUGAGAUGUGUUGUGGUGUACAGGUAGAU